AUGGCAAAGUCUACAAUCAUCCUUGUCUCAGCUCUUUGCUUCUUAUCCUUCUUUGGUUCGGUUCAUUGCAAAGAGCGCUUCUUUGUGGAGGGCGUAGUGUACUGUGACACAUGUCGCAUUCAGUUCCUCACCAAGCUGUCUGAGUUACUCGAAGGUGCAACCGUACGCGUGGAGUGCAAAGAGGAAGAAAGUGGCAAUGUGACAUUCACCAAAGAGGCUGUGACAGAUGCUUCAGGUUCGUACAAAGUGGAGGUGGAUGGAGACCAUGAAGAAGAGGUGUGCGAGGUUGUACUUGUGAAAAGUCCAAGGAAAGAUUGUUCAGAGGUUGACCGUGAAUCUCACCUGGAACAAGCUGCAAGGAUUAGCAUCACAAACAAUGCUGGAAUUGUAUCCCCUGUUCGCAAGGCGAACCCUCUUGGUUUCCUUAAGAAGGAGCGUCUUCCUAGCUGCGGUAAUCUCCUCAAGGAGCUUGGAAUGAACGAAGAUGGCAGCCUCAUAUAA